GAUCACCAUGUUUACAGUUAUAAGCAACAUGGAUCCAAUACUUUCAAUCAUUUCUUGCUCUCCUUGCCCACCAUGGCCACAGAUGCCCAAUCUGCUGCUUUCCUUGCCCACAUUGCCUCCCAAAUGCAGCUCAAUAUCGCCUUCCUCGAGUCCCAGAACUACAUUUCUUCAGACGAUGCCGCCGCAAUGAACUCUAUCAUGUCUAAAUUACCAGUCUCGGUAUCCAGCCACUCAGUCGUCAGACAGUAUAACAUCCAAGUCAUGCCUACAGCUGUCGUGCACUCUUCCUCUGCACCAAAAACUGUCACUUCAGCCCGUUCCGUUCCUCCCGCUCCAGCGCGUCAAACAGUUUAUGCACGCGCAAUGUGGGCUUAUAACGAAGAUGGCUCGGAAUCAAAUGACCUGUCAUUCUCCUCGGGUGAACUCAUCGAAAUCGUGUCAGAACAAAAUGAAGACUGGUGGUUAGGCAGAGCGAGAGGCAAAGAAGCUCUCUUCCCAUCAAAUCAUGUAGAGAAAGUCGAUGCUUCAGCUCACACGCCGGCUUCCAUCCAACCAGCACCGGCAACCGAGCCAAGGACCACAAAAGUCUACAGGCCUUUCGGAGCCGCCCUACACGGCACAGAUACCCCUCCGUCUGCCGCUGAUGGCGUCAAUUCUGUGGGAUUGCAGCAAGCCUCAGGGCAAACGGAAAAGAAGAGCAAGUAUGGAAAAUUCGGAAACACGAUGGCACACUCAGCUGCAGGCGGUGUCGGUUUCGGCGCAGGUGCCGCUAUUGGUGGUGGUCUUGUCCGAGCUAUCUUCUGAUAAACCAAAUCAGCUCUUGCAGGAAAUACUCGCAGCACGAGCCACGUUCCUCAUUAUUGGUAUACUCAAUCGCUCCCCUCCCACUUUAGCACGGUGUAUUUUUCACCACCUACCUCUCCCAAGUUCUCAGUUUCUAUCUGUGUAUCCAGUUGUUUCUAGUGAUUAUAUUUAUGUUCCCUUGUGAUUCUCUUGAUUUUUGAUAGCUUGGCCCUGUAACACAUUUACUGAAUCACCUCUGUAGAUGGGCGAUUUUUUUAUUCAAAACAAAAAACAAUGUACGUA